CAAAGAGCAGCCACCUAGUAAUGCACUUAGUAAUUAUAUAGUGCUACUGCUUGUUUUCUUCCAAUCAAUCUUUCAUCUUUGUUUCUAAUUUCUAUUUAUUCAUUUAUUCAUUUACUCAUUCAUUGUUUCAUCCAGCGCUGUUUCUACAUCGGGACACCACUAUGCGCUCACCGGCCGCCACAGCAAUUGCUCUCCGUGACGUAACUCGGCUCUGCGCGCGAUGUCGCAUACAAGCCUCACAAGCUCUGCCUCUGGGCAGGAUAUCAACCCGCCCGUCGCAUAGCAUCACAGCAUCCAUUGGCAGCUUCAACAAAGCAUUGCCGCCAUCAUAUCGCAGCGCAGCAUUCUUCUCUUCCCGCAGCUCUGCAGCUUCCGCCUCCGCGCCCGAGCCCGACUCCAACAAUACAUCAUCACCACCAAAAACUUCACAACCACCACCACCAACCCACUACGAAAUCUUCCCCGAAACCCUCCCCCUCGGGCCCCCUCCCUCGGGCCACUUCCCCAUCAACACCCGCGCCCUCCGCCGCGAAUUCCUCCAGCUCCAAGCCCGCCACCACCCAGACAUGCACCCGCAGGGACCCCUCAAGACCCGCGCCGAAGCCACCUCGGCCCUCAUCAACGAGGCCUACAAGACCCUCGCCAACCCGCUCCUCCGCGCGCAGUACCUCCUCUCCCUGCGCGGCGUCGACGUCGCCACCGACGAGACCAUGCAGGUCGACGAUCCGAGCCUGCUCAUGGUCGUGCUGGAGGCGCACGAGGAGAUUUCCGAUGCCACGGCCGAGGAGGACCUGCAGGAGCUGAGGGCCGUCAACGAUAAGCGCAUCCGGGAGAGCGAGGAUGUGCUGGAGAAGGCGUUUCAUGAGGAUGAUGUCAUGGCGGCGAAGAAGGAGGCUGUGAGGCUGAGAUAUUGGGUCAAUAUCAAACAGAGCCUGGAUAAUUGGGAGGAGGGCAGGCCAGUGGUGUUGCAGCAUUGAUGUUGACAAGGGGAGGGGAUCGAUCACCCUUUCAAAGACGGGAGGGAUGACUCGAGCGUGUAUUAUAUGCCAUGUAUAAUCUUGGCUGGACAUGAAAAGAAGUCUAUGAGAAAGGCGCAUUUAGACGGUGGUGAUAGACAUUUUAUAAUAACAUCUGGGAAAACCAUGUCGCACACAAGACAGCAAUCGUGCUUGAAAAGACACCAAUAUGUGUAAUUAGUUAUCAACACAGAGAGGAAAUAAAUCCAC